UGGCCUCGGCCUGGGGAGCGCCCGCGCGGGCAGCCACGGCCACCUCGGCCACCUCGGUCCUCCCCGCCCAGGCCCCGCCCCCGCGCUGCGGCCGCAGGGUUAAAUUGGGCCGGGCCGAAGGUGGAGGCGACACGCAGCCGCGGCCGGGCCCCGCGCGGGGAUGCUGCCCGGGAAGCCGAGGGCGGGAAGGCGGCUGCGGGCACAGCAGCAGCAGCCUCGAGGAUUCAGCUGCGAGGGUGCUCAAGGUUAAGGACGUCGGUCUUUCCCGCCAAAAAGACGGCUGCGCGCCCCGUUUCCCGCACCGUAUCCGUGCCCCGCCAAGGACUUGGCGGCGCCAGGCUCAGAGACCUCAGGUUUAGAUUGCCCCGUGCUCCUGGGCUCGUGAACGGAGCGCAGAUGGGCGCGCAACCUCCCUCCGCCAGGAACUGCUUCUAAAGCCGGCGCCAAGGGUGGCCCCGCAACCGCCCACCGCAUGCAUUUCACCCCAAACUGAACGGAAGACAGCGCCCACCGGCUGCUCCCUCUCCGCCCUUCAGAGUGAGCCCGACGCACGCCCAACCUCCAGCGCGGCAGAGGAGCCUACCACAGAAAAGUGACUCUCGGAAGGGGAAGGAGUGAGAGACUUGGGGCUGCGGGACCCGCCACCGCCGUCACCUCUGUCCCCCACCACUACCACCGGCGGGGGUCCGAGCGCGCGAACAUGAAGCUGGAGGUGUUCGCCCCGCGCGCGGCCCACGGGGACAACAAGCCCGGCGGUGACCUAGAGGGCGCGGGCGGCAGCGACGCGCCGUCCCCACUGUCGUCGGCGGCCGGCGACGACUCUCUCGGCUCGGAUGGCGACUGCGCUGCCAACAGCCCGGCAGCGGGCGGCGAGAACCUGGCGGGAAGCAGCGAGCGCCAGGGCAGCGCGAGCGGGGAGCCGGACUCCGAGGACCAGAGCGCGGCGGCGGCCGGGGCAGGGGGCUCCGAGGCCGGCGCCGCGGGGACCGGCGCGGGCGGCGCGGGAAGUGGCGAGGGCGCGCGCGGCAAGCCCUACACGAGGCGGCCCAAGCCCCCGUACUCGUACAUCGCGCUUAUCGCCAUGGCCAUCCGCGACUCUGCCGGCGGGCGCCUGACCCUGGCCGAGAUCAACGAGUACCUCAUGGGCAAGUUCCCUUUCUUCCGCGGCAGCUACACCGGCUGGCGCAACUCGGUGCGCCACAACCUGUCGCUCAACGACUGCUUCGUUAAGGUGCUGCGCGACCCCUCGCGGCCUUGGGGCAAGGACAACUACUGGAUGCUCAACCCCAACAGCGAGUACACCUUUGCCGACGGGGUCUUCCGCCGCCGCCGCAAGCGGCUCAGCCAGCGGGCCCCGGCGCCGGCGCCAACCCUGCGGCCGGAGGAGGCCCCCGCCGCCCCGGCAUCGCCCCGCGUGCGUUCUCCCGCCCGCGCGGAGGGGCGCGCCAGCCCCGCGGCCAAGUUCUCCAGCUCUUUCGCCAUCGACAGCAUCCUAAGCAAGCCCUUCCGCAGCCGCCGCGACCGGGACGAGGCCGCGGCCCCCGGGGCGCCCCUGCCGUGGGGCGCCACCGCCGCCGGGGCGUCCUGUCAGCCUCUGCCCGCCUACCCCGCGCUGCUGCCCGCCGCGCCCGCCGGGGCCCUGUUGCCGCUGUGCGCCUACGGCGCGGCCGAGCCCACGCUGCUGGGCGCUCGCGGGACCGAGCCGCCGCCGCCCGCGCCUCACCUCCUGCUCGCGCCCCUGUCCGCGCCCGCCAAGCCGUUCCGAGGAGGCCCCGCGGCCGGCGCCGGUGGCGGCGGCGGCAGCGGCGCGCACCUGUACUGCCCCCUGCGGCUGCCCGCGGCCCUACAGGCGGCCUCGGCCUGCGGGCCCGGCCCGCACCUGCCCUACCAAGUGGAAACGCUCCUGGCCUGAGGAAGCCGCGGAGUCCCGCAGAGGGAGAGGAGGAGGAGGAGGGGACGCAGGUUCUUUGGGCCGUGCACUUUCCACCCAGAGAAAAAGAGACUUAAAAAAAAGAAAAAGAAAUUCUCCAUCAGUUGUGCCUUAAAGCUAAAGCGUUUGGACCCAAGGGUUUUCUCUAGGUCCAGAAUAUUGUCUUUUUAUACAUUUACUGAGGACCAAAGCAAUUCUUAGUUUCUUGGCCUAGCCUGCCCCUUCCUUUUU